CAUAACAUUUACUUGACUUUAAAACAUGCAAGCUGCUUUUAAUCAGGUUGGAAAUAUGGGUUAGGCUAUGCUGGUUUAAAUGAAUGAGCAAGCACAGAACCUAAUCCAAGCCAUUUCCAGUAGUUGUUUGGACAUUCUUGGUUAGCAAGACGGUAUCUUUAUAAAGUAGAAAUUUGAACUGUUCGAGGCACUCUCAGGUUUUGAGACUCCAAAUGUAUAUAAGGUCUAUGCUGCUGAUGAUUAAGGAAAGAAGAGGAAGUAGAAGGCCUUAUUCAAAUGCAAAGAAAAGUCAUCGACCUGUGCUCGUCUCUGCCUCCCGGGUAAUGCAAGACCUUUUGAAAUGAAGAUCAACAAUUAUGGAUGCAAAGACUUUUAGCCUGCUUUGGCCAAAUAAUUACUUAAAGAUGACAAACGAAUUGUAUUCAAAUUUAAGAGGGAGUAUCAAUGCACUUGUCUGUGCUUUAAUAGACCUCGACUUGAAGUUUUGUAUUUGGAGAACAAUGAAAAUAAGAAAUUAGGAACAAUUGUCAAUCCUUGGUAUUUCUGCAACAUUGGAUGCCACGUUCUAGACAUCAACGAUAAUUUGAGAUACAUCGUAGAAGCCAGUUGCUGUUAAACUUACUUUUGGUGCGGAUGCCCCUGCAACUCUUGUAACAAAGUCGAAUUUGUAAUAAAAGUGCCAACUGGAGAAGUUGUGGCCCAUUUGUUAAAGAAAGGAAAAGACUGUUGCAAGAACAUGGUUGGAGAUGCUGACAACUUCAGUUUGAUUUUCCCUAAAGGAGCUUCUAAGGAGGACAAGGCUCUACUGCUUGCUGUCACGCUCAUGAUGGACUACAUGUACUUUGAAGACAAAGGAGGUGCUUAAGCCUCCGUUGGACCAGGUUGAGCUUUCAUAAUAUUAUUGCACAUAAAAGAAAAACCAGAAUUUAUAAUUA